AUGGUGGACAUUUCAACUCCUCAUUUUCUAGAAUUACUGCAUAUUAUAUCCGGAGGAGAACGCUAUGCCUACUAUACCGAGAUGCAUUUCGAUCAAGCCAUCAUUAAUCAUCAGUCGCAUUUGGAGGCAUUCAUCGGCCCACCUCGACCCAACGUCAUUGUGCAACUCGGCGGGUCCAACCCUGAAACCAUGGCGCAAGCAGCAAAAAUUUUACAAGACCAAGGUUAUGCGGAAGUGAAUAUCAAUGUUGGAUGUCCAAGUAAAGCUGUACAGCAUGGCCAGUUUGGAGCUAUCUUGAUGAAGUCGCCCGACGUUGUGGCUAACGUCUUGAGCGCCAUGCAAAAUGCUGCUGCCUCAAUACCCAUUACAGUAAAGUGCCGACUUGGUGUGGAUCAGUUGGAUUCGUUUGAGUUUCUACAUGACUUUGUACACACAGUCAAUAGCACUUCUCGGCCUUUACCACAUUUGAUUGUACAUGCUCGCAAAUGCUUAUUGCGUGGAUUGUCACCGAAACAAAACCGAUCCAUACCUCCCUUGAUGUACGAUCGUGUGUAUGAGCUUUCAGAAAAGUUUCCAGAGUUACCUAUGACUAUCAAUGGUGGAUUUGAUAAUACUGACAAAAUUUCAAUGGCUCUUGAUCGUGUGGAUGGAUGCAUGAUUGGGAGAAAAGUCAUGGAUAAUCCGCUGUUCUUGCAGAAUAUGGAUCGUGAUAUAUAUCAAAUCCCUGAACAUGAAAUCAAAUCUACAGCUUCCAUCAUCUCAGAAUACAUCGGUAAGAACAAAGCAUGA